AUGGAGCAAGCAAGGGAUCACUUACACCUGAGAUGGACUACAGAACAGCUCAUGCCAGAGGUAGAAGUUCAAGUCAAAUACAGAACAGCUGCACUGAGCAACCAAGAGUGUCAACUGUACCUGAGGCAUUCUCAGCAGCAGCAAGUGCCUGUGGUGGAUUUCCAGGCCAAACUGACACAGGCGUUCAUAACUGAGACACCAAGAUGUGGUACGCCAUACUGGAACAAUGAGGAAGCUGAAUCCGGGCAAAAACCAGGCUCCAUCUACUGUUUGCUUCUGUUUAUUCGGGAAGGAAUGAGUAAUAGCCUAAUAAAAAGAGAAAUGAGCAACUUUGAAAUCCUAAGUAAGAAU